UAGGCUAUAGGGCAGCAUGGUCUCUUUUUGAUGAGAUGCCAAAAGAUAAGUUUGGCGAAACAAUAUACGGGUACAUGAAGCCGCUACUGACUGAGGAUCUGAUGAAGGAUAUGCAUCUGGAGUGCAGGAAGAUUAUCGAUGAAAUGAUGAGGUUAGAUCUAAAAAUGCUGAUACAGAAACACCAGGCGGAUUUUAAAUCAAUGGGCAAGAAGUUUCCUAAAGUCAAGCCUAGAAAGAAACCUAAGGCGCCACCCGUACCGAAACCCGUAAUUUAUGACAAAAAGCUGAUCAAGCAAACAGCGCCAGUCUUUGAUCUGAACUUAGUCUCAAAACCCACAACAAAACUCUGUGAAGUGUACGGCGAUUUGAAUUAUGCAGCUUAUAAUUUCAAUAUUAUAGAUCCGAAUGCAUCGUUCCCCUUUCCAGCUUAUGGCGAUAUCAAAGAUAGAAUAAGAUUGUCCUGUAUAAUGGGCUGUGGGAUCCAAGCUGGAGCUACCAGGAGGAAGUCUGUGAUGCUGUUAGGUCCUGAGAGGAAUGGAAAGCAGUUCCUCGCUGAUGCUGUUGCUGGGGAGUUGAAUGCCAUAAAAAUCGAUAUAACACCCGAAGUUUUCACAGCUCUGGUCAACAAACCUCUGAAAAUUUUGAACCAAGUUUUCCUAACUGCAAAAGCAUUUCAGCCAGCUGUAAUAUUCAUGAAAAAUGUUGAAAGAGUAUUCGCUACAAAGGUGCCUCCAGAAGAUAAAUAUCUUAAAGCUCAAGUUCUUAAAGCGGCUCUAGCGAAACAAAUUAAACAGAUAUCAGUGGAUGAUAAAGUUAUUUUCAUUGGAACCUGUACUAACCCUUGGAGUGCUAAAGCAAAACCUAUGGCGAGCAUAUUUGAUGAGAUUUUGCUCGUCCCAAGAACUGACUACGGAUCCUUGUCACAAUUUUUAUAUACUAAACUAAUGAGCAUAAGGAGCAUACCAAGAGACAUUUCCGUUCAGCCAAUGGCACAGUUGCUACGAGGGUAUAGUUUCGGAGACAUUAUCAAAGCUUUCGAUGAGGUCAUGACUCCGGAAAGAAUUGUUAGAUUAAACGUGAAACAACUGUCGCCAGGUGAAAUAUUAGAGGUGUUGCUACAGAAGGACUUAGAACCUAUGGAUACAAUGGAUUUUCAAAAAUACGUUGACUUUUCCAUUCAAUUCGGACCUCUGAGCACUGAACGCGAAAACUAUGAAAGGAUUAAUAUAUUCAGAGAAGAUUUCUAUAAGAAAGAGGCGAAGAAAAAGAAGCCUAAACUUUGAAGUAGAGAUCACUUACAGAUUAACUCUUUGAGUACCGUCGUUAUAGACACAAUUAUAGAACAAUAGGUUGCGGUCACCGGUGACCGCUUGGUGUUUGACUGUUUAAUGGCCAUAUUCACCAACCUCUUCUCAAUUUUAAGCAACCCCUAAACUAAGACAAGUUUGAGAGAGCCAUGCUUCGGCUCGACCGGAGUGAUACCACGGCCUCACAGAA